AUGCUGUCGUCGUCUGCCCGCGUCUUGGCGACGAGAUACAGAGGAAAUGCCUCCAAUUCCUGGAAAAGGAAUAGUCAGAAAGCGGCUGUAGUAACGACAUCGUCAUCGCCCACGUCGUCUCCUGUCGCCGCAACCCGAUUCUUUGCCACCCUUCCUACAGAGGAAGAUGAUGCCAUGGAUGUCAAAGUUUCACCAUGGGAAGUCCCAGAACAAGUCCCUGAUGAAGGAGAAUGGGAGGGAUGCCGACGCAACUUUAUGUCUCCCCUUCAGAUUUCGGUCCGUGGAUCUGAUAUUUUGACCAACCCAUUAUACAGUAAAGGAACAGCCUUUAAGAACGGAGAAAGGGAUCGUCUGAGACUACGUGGUUUGCUGCCACAUCGUAUCAUGAACAUUCACAAACAAAUUGACCGCUUCCUCAUUACACUGCGCGAUUUGGAUUCCAAUAUUCGCAAGAAUAUCAUGUUGGAAGAUCUGCAUGAUCGCAAUGAAACAUUGUAUCACCGCGUCCUAGUUGAUCAUAUGGAGGAAAUGGCGCCUUUGAUUUACACUCCCACCGUCGGCCAAGCCUGCCAAGAACAUUCUUCCCGCUUCCGAAGACCUCGUGGUAUGUAUUUUUCCGAAGAGGAUCGUGGCCACAUGGCAGCCAUGGUGUACAACUGGCCCCAGCCUGAUGUCCACGUGAUUGUGGUAACAGAUGGCUCUCGCAUUUUGGGUUUGGGUGACUUGGGUGCCAAUGGAAUGGGUAUUCCAGUUGGUAAACUGUCAUUGUACUGUGCCGCUGGUGGAAUUGCUCCACACCGUGUGUUGCCAGUUGUCUUGGACGUCGGAACCGACAACAAAGAGCUCUUGGAAGAUGAAUUCUACUUGGGUGCCCAAAAGCCUCGUCUACGAGGACCAGAAUACUAUCACCUAGUGGAUGAAUUCAUGGAAGCGGUCCGCUACCGCUGGCCAAAUGUUUUGGUCCAAUUUGAAGAUUUUGACUCCUCUGUUGCCCAGCGUCUGUUGGACAAAUACCGCAACGAGCAUCUUUGCUUCAAUGAUGAUAUCCAGGGAACAGGUGCCACCACAUUGGCUGGUUUGCUUGGGGCCAUUCGUGCCAAGGGCGAAGAGGUGACUUCAUUAGGUGAUCAGCGUAUUCUAAUCGUCGGGGCUGGAAGUGCUGGAAUUGGAAUUGCUCAAGUUUUGUAUGGUGCCAUGCUCGAGCAAGGAUACACCGAACAGCAAGCCAAGGAUUCCUUUUUCAUUUGUGACCAACACGGACUCAUCGGUGAAGAAAGAGUAGGGAAGCUCACCCCCGAAACAAAACCAUUCGCACGCGCCGAAGACGACGGCAUGUCCAUUGUGGAUGUCGCCAAGAAGCACAAGCCUACCAUUGUGUUGGGUGUCACUGCUGUUGGUGGGCUGUUCAAUGAAGAGUUUGUUCGCGAAUUGGCAGCAGGUGUCGAGCGACCUAUCAUUUUCCCACUUUCCAACCCCACCGUCAAGGCCGAAUGUACUGCUGAACAGGCCUUUGAAUGGACAGAUGGAAAAUGUAUCUUUGCUUCUGGAUCUCCAUUUGAUCCAGUGGAAAUGGUGGAUGGAAAGACCUACUAUACUUCUCAGUGCAACAACAUGUAUGUCUUCCCAGGUGUGGGAUUGGGAGCUACACUCUGUGGAGCUAAGAAAGUCAGUGACCGCAUGUUGUACAUUGCCGCCAAGGCACUAGCCGAAUGUGUUCCCGAAGAAGACUUGGCAAGGGGACAAGUCUUCCCUCAUAUCUCCAAGAUUCGCAUGGUCUCCCACAAGAUUGCCGUGGCAGUCAUCGAAGAAGCCAUGCGGGAUGGAUUAGCCACGAAGAUUUCUGCUGAAGAUGCCAAGGAUCUGAACGAAUUUGUGGCUCGGAAAAUGUAUUAUCCUGAAUACGUUCCCAUAGUCGAGAAGCGAACCAUCACCAUCUAA